AUGAAACAUGAACAAAACUAACGAGAUUCCGUUUCGUCUCUGACUACUUUUCAGAAAAUGGCUGAGUUACGAAAUACCGCGGACACUGUGAUUGCUAAUCCUAGUGCCAUACAAAAUGACAUAUCUUUAGCUGAGGAAACCCCACGGCCAACAGACGUUACAGAACACCCUGAGAAAGAUGCCCCCAAUAAGAAGUCCAUUCUCGCAAGAAUGUCAGGGAUAGCCUACAUGUCAGUGUCGAGUAUUACUGCUACCAGCCAGGGAGUCAUAUUCCAGUAUCUCAGUUACAUGCCUACCGGUGAGGUCCUGGCGAUCCUGAGUGCAGCAGCGGCGUGUUUCCUCGGUACUCUCAUUGCUUUCCAGGGACUAUCGCUGUCUUUUCCGAGGAAGCUGUUGCCACUUUUCAUAUUGAGAAAUAUGUUUACUAUGAUCACAUUCACCGCUAAGACGUGGGCCUUUCAGAACCUCCCUUUGGGUGAUGCCAGUGCUCUAAUUUUCACAAUGCCUCUUUGGACAGGAAUUUUCUCUAGAAUAUUCCUAAAGGAGAAAUACACUAUCGCUCAACUCUUCUGUUCAAUAGUAGGAUUUUCAGGGGUUAUAUUAGUGGCCAAACCAACCUUUAUAUUUCCAUCAGAAACAACCAGCGAAUUCCCAGCAUGGUACCCAGUCAUUGCACUGGUAUCAGGGAUAAGCAUGGCAAGCGAGUUCACAGUUCAACGAGGUCUAGGUGGUCAAAUUGGCAGCCUCGUCACCACGUUCUACAUGAUGUUAUUCCACAUUGCUGCAGGCAUCAUCCUUCACCAUGCCAUGGGUGAUGAAUACCUCAACCCUCCUUGCUACGUACCCCGAGUACUCCUGGUGGUCGCCUCUCUUCACCCUGUUAUUGGGCUGUCUUGUUUGAUGAAAGGGCUGGAGGUGGAGAGUGCCUCCAUUGCCACCCUGGUUAAGAACCUGGACACUGUUCUGGGUUAUAUCGUACAGGUGGUGCUGUUUGGGGACUCGGUCAAUGCUCUGUCUAUAGUGGGUGCUGCGCUUAUCAUGAUUGGGACUGUCACUCUGACUUUGACCAGGAUAUUUGAUGUCACGUGUGGGAUUGAGUUAUAAUUAUAUUCUGUAAGCAUAUUUAUCAAGUAUUAUUUAAAGGGAACAAGCACGUUAUUUUACUAUUACUUAAACAUUUUCAUGGUUUUUCAGCCAUUUAAACGUUACUGCAACAUGAAAAGUGGGUUUCCUUGAAUUAGAUACAAUUUAAACUGAUGUAUUAUUCAAAUUUUAUGUAUUAUUUUAUGGACUAUGUGUUUUAACUUUUAAGAAUGAACAAUGCAAUUUGUCAUUUAUUUUAUUCAGGAAAUAUCAAGCGCUGAUUCCAGGGUAACUUAAACACGUACCACAUAAUAUUAAUACUGAACACGGAAGAAAAAUGUAGAUUCACAUUGAACAUCACAUUUUUCUUUCGUGUUUAGAUCAUAAGUGGCCGGGUCACCCUGGAAUCAGCUCAGCGUUCGGCAAAUUUAUUUUUAAUUUGCAAAAUUUCCAGAAAAAUAUUGACUUAAAUAUUUUAAAAAGUUGGUUCUUUUUGGCCCUUGCCCAGAUUUUAUGCUUUUAUAAUGUGCUUCCUACACCCCUGUUUGUGGUAUGUGGGUACCAAGCUAGGCUAAUGUCGUUUGUGUUGCGAAACAUUUCCUUGCUAUCUUCCGUGUCGCACCUGAUCGU